AUGGUUCUCUCAAGCCGCACCAUCCAUAUCAUCAGCGUCCACUCCGCCGGUGAAAUAGGAGAUGUGAUUGUCGGAGGCGUUCUCGAUGUUCCUGGAAAGACAAUGUUCGACAAAAUGAUGCACUUCUGGACCAAAGCUGACGAGCUACGCCUAUUACUGCUCAACGAGCCACGCGGCAGGCCUUCACGCAACGUGAACCUUAUCCUCCCGCCUUGUGACCCUCGCGCCGAUGCAGGCUUCCUCAUCAUGGAAAGUGAAGAGUACGUUCCUAUGUCUGGUUCGAAUACGAUCUGCACGACCACUGCGUUGCUCGAAACGGGCAUGGUGAAGAUGCAGGAACCAGUGACUGAUCUCACCCUUGAUACUGCUGCCGGAUUAGUACCAGUCAUAGCUGAGUGCGUGGCGGGUAAAUGUAAAAGCGUUAGCUUCGACAAUGUCCCUGCAUUCGUAUUCCAUCUCGACCUGGAAGUUGAUGUUCCUGGCCUUGGUAAAAUACUUUGCGACAUUGCUUGGGGAGGUAUGAUGUACGCUAUCGUUGACAUAGCUCAAACAGACCUCAAAAUGGAUCCUGAUGAUGGUCAGCGAAUUGUUGAAUACGGCGAGCGAAUCAAGCGCGCUGUUCAAGCAACGGUUCACCCUGUCCACCCCGAAAAUCCACGUACUCAUGGUGUGACCAACUUAGCUUUCACUGCGCCUCUAGAAGAUAGUGCGGAUGGAAAGAAGGCACAGAAUACCGUCGUGGUAUCACCCGGUCGCUUGGAUCGCAGCCCCUGCGGAACUGGUACCUGUGCUCGUAUGGCUCAGCUAUACGCUAGGAAGCAGCUGUCUGUGGAGGAGCCAUUCCGGCACACCAGUAUUAUUGGAACGGAGUUUAUUGGUUCGAUCAGAGGGGUGACCAAAGUGGGAGAAUAUGAGGCAGUGCUACCGCGAGUCAAAGGCAGCGCUUGGAUUACGAGUUUCCAGCAGGUUGUCCUUGAUCCCACAGAUCCUUUCCCAGAGGGAUUCAGAGUUGGUGAUUCUUGGCACGUAUCAAAGGUGCCAGUGCCGGCUGUCCCGAGAGCCAAUGGGGUGUAG